AUGAAGAAGCAGAAGAAGAAAAAGCGGAGGGAGGAGGAGAAGACAAAGAAGAAACAGACCGAGAAGAAGCAGACGAAGAAGACGAAGAAGAUGCAGACUGAUAAGAAGCAGACGGAGGAGAAGAAGAAGGGAAAGCAGACGGAGAAGAAGCAGACGAAGAAGAAGCAGAAGGAGAAGAAGCAGGCGAAGAGGAAGCAGAAGGAGAAGAAUAAUCAGAAGCAGAAAAAGGAGAAGAAGAAGCAAUAG